AUGAAGAUAAACCUCUGCAUUGGUCAAUCAAUACUACACAUACUUUCAGUAUAUGCUCCUCAAAUUGGUUGCGAGGAAAAGGAGAAAAAUGACUUUAGAGCUAUCCUUGAUGAAGCUGUAAUGGAAAUCCCUAAGGAUGACCUAGUCAUAAUAGGUGGUGACUUAAAUGCGCAUGUGGGAAAAGCAAGAGAUAGCUACAAAAGGCAUCAUGGUGGCUUUGGAUAUGAUGGAAGAAAUGAUGAAGGAGAGCAUUGGUACAAGGAAAACCCAGAUAGAUUACAUGCUUAUCUCGCGCAGAGAUUAAAAGAUGUAAUAGACUGCAAAGUCACCCCAGGAAAAGAUAUUGCUGCUCAACACAAGCUACUAGUCAUGGAUUUACACAUCACAAAUAACUCUCAAAACAAGAUAAAACUUGAACAAUGCAUCAAAUGUUGUAGAUUAAAAUCAAUGACAGAUGCCUUUGCAAUCAAUGCAAACAUUGAAACAAAAGAUUCCUCACAAAGAUGGUACAAAUCAAAAAAACCAGAUGACAAGACUAAUUACAAAAAGUCCAAGAUAAUAGCUACAAAGGCGGUGGCUAGGGCCAAAGCUAUGGCAUACGAUGACAUAACAAGAAGUAAUCAGAUGCCUCAGGCAUAUGAAAAAAACAAAGCUAGGGGUCCAGAUGAUAUUCCAAUAGAAAGCCUUAAAGACUAG